GUGUGUUUUUAAUUAUUAUAUACGGUGGUGGUGAUUGAUAUUAAAUAACUGUGAAUAUCUUCAAAAAUAUUCAUUGUUUUUCUUUUUACAUACUUUUUGUGCUUUGCCAUUAAUGAGUGAAAAUAUCUGCGAAAUGAAUUUCAUGAAUAAUUUCAUAUCGAUAAAUAAUGGGUUUCAAAGUGAGUCGAAAAUAAGUGCAACGUUUCGAAUGUUUCGAGAAUACUUCUCGAUAUCGAACUUUGAUUCAAGAGGAACGUUAAAGAAAAUUAAGUACGAAAUAUGCAAUAAGAAAAUCUCUGAGGUAGAAAUUUAUCAAUGGAAUUUGUGGAAGAUAAUUAAAUGAAAUAAAACGGCAUUAUAAAAAGUUGUGCUUGAUAUACUCAAAGAAGACAGAGACUAAAUUAUCGUGUGAUCGAACUUACUUCUACAAAACUUUAACGCAAUGGAGUCUAAGAGAAGAGGGAUUGAUAAAUUCGAUAGAUCCGAAUCUUUUAUUUGUCCUGGAAAUUGCCAGUCUGUUAGUUCAUCGACUUGGAGAGCGCCAUCUAUGAGGAAAAGUUUGAAUCUACCAAUCGAGAAUCUUCAACCGAUGGCGGACAUAAACGGCAUCCGAGAAGUUAUCGAGCGAGUAUAUGCUGGUGAUAUUACGAAUACCGCCAAAUUUGUUUUUAACGUGAUGCCUUACGUGCAGGACGGUGGUUUAAUCCUUCGGGAAAUUUUAGAAAAGAAUUUGCAAUAUUUUCGAGAAAUCGUAGAAGAUGUAGUUGAUCAAAGAAUACAGGACGAAACUGACGUGAUGAUUCAUGCUCUAAACGAUAUCAAAGAUAAGUUUAGAAGAUUGUCGAAAGCUACGGCUCGCAGAAUAACGAGAAUAAAAAGACGUCUUCAUGAAAUUUCACCAGACUUUGACUGGAUAGCCGACGGAAAAGACAAAAAGAAACUUUCGAAAUUAUUAGUUGCGAAACCCCUCGAGACGAGAGAACAGUCAGACCCGACGGAAAAACUCGUUCACCGAGUUUUCAUGAGAGGACAAUGGCUGAAGAAAGAGUUGUUGCGUUUGCAGGAAGAAAAUGCUAAACUUGGAAUAUAUUUGAAUAAAUUUCGGUCACUUGCGGAGGAAAGAAAGGAACAGGAAUUGCAUGUACCGCGUAUCCUGGAAAAGGAGAAGAAAUAUCUCGACGAAGAAUUGAACCAGUUGCGUGAAAUUUACAAAAGAAAUUUGUCCAUCAUCGAGGAACUUUAUAUCGAUCAUCGGAAACGCGCUAUCGGUUCGGAAAUUAAUUGUGCGGUACUUCGACGAGAACAUUAUUAAUAAAAUUCGAUGUUCUUUUUUACUCCUUAAACUUUCUACGCAUUUGAUUAAAUUUUAUUAACGGACAACAACUUUCUACAUCGAUGAUGUUUAGAUAUAAAUAUAACAAUUUAUCUCUUUUAUGUACUCGUAUAUAUAAUUUAUAUUAAUCACACAUCAUCGUAAAUUAACUAU